AUGCCGAGCAAAGGGGUGCAAGCGUACACGUACAUCUCGGCGCCGGGCGGCGUCGAGAUUGAUAUCUCCGUCCCGAAGCAGGAGGAAACUCGCUCGGCGCAGCGCAAGUGGGAGACGGGCAAUUUUGAGGUGGAUGCGGGCAAGAUCAAGUGGCCGCUGAAGCGCACCGGGCGGUUCACUUUCAAGGUGCGCAGAAAGGACCCGCAGGCGGUGAUUACGGAGCAGUGGAUGGACGUGGACCCCAUCUCGGGCGACAUCGCGUCGGCCUCGACGUUUGAGGACACGAUGCUCGAGACGAGGUCCAUCAUCGACAAGGGGCUGGCGGUCAGCUAUGGUGUCUAUGAGGCGGGGCCUGGUCAGGCUGGGCUCCCCAACAGACACCAGGCGUACAUGGUGGUGACGCAGGAGUGGAACAACUGGCAGGGCAUCGUCGCGCCCGCCGGAUCGGAGCAGGAGAAGAAGAAGUUUGCCUGCUUCGUCCUCCCUAGCCCGCACGACGUGGGCAUGAACAGCAUGGAUACGAUGAACGCGAUCCUCAAGCACGCAGGCGUGGCCAGCGCCAAGGUGCUCACCUCAGUGAUGCCCGCUUUGCAGAGAGGACAAGACAGCAUCGCCAAGGUCAUUGGUGGGCUGGCCGAUGUGACAGUCAGUAAGAUCGCGCCCGAUAUCAUUGCCAGCUUUUCCGGCCAGCGCAUUGCCACAAGGCCAUCAUCCCGCACUCCCCUCCCGGACAAGCUUUACUUCCAGCACGGACCUAUUCCCGGCAUGGCGUACGACCAGUUCCUCAAUGACCUCGUCGCCUUCCUCGUCAAGAACCCCAGCGAGAUCGCGGUGGUGCACGUCCGUUGGGAUGGAGUGCCGGCAGAGUGCGCGCGCCCCGACGACGCGGAGCUACAGAACUACCUGAACGCGGCCCUGACUCUCUCCAACGGCGCUGUAAAGUCGGGCAACAUGAAUGACCUGCGCAACGCAACGAUCCAGGAGCUGCGGUCGCAGAAGAAGCGGCUUCUCUACGUUGUCAACGAGGGCGUGCUCUCGACCUAUGACGACAUUGCCAAUGCGACGGUGGACGGCAGGAGCAUGAUUAGCGCGUUCGAGAGGGUCCUCACGUCGCAGAACCAAGAAGGCAAGAACAUGACAGUGGCGCAGUGCCAGGCAACGCCAACCAACAUUAAGGACGUCAUCUACUACAGCGUGGUGUCGGCCAGCGUCAGCACCAUGGCGCUCAUGGCGACUAAAGCGCUUUGCGGGCACUUGUUGCUACCGUGGCUAAGGGACAACGUGAUGAGCAGGUGCAAGAAGGACCAACUGCUCGUAAUCAUGGAUGACUUUAUCGACGGCUCAGACACGGAUGUGGCGGUCGAGCUGAGCAAGAAGAGGCUGGCGUAA